UGCUCCUAUGACACAGAGACACCAUCAUGCUCUUGUUCCUCUUCUUGUUUGGUCUGGCUCUGGCCACCGCAUCUCCUUCAGGUGACCGUGAAGUGAAGCUACAGCAGGGCGACUGUCCCAUGUCUUGGUACAGCUUCAACGGCCGCUGCUACAAGUAUGUCUCCACACGUAUGACCUGGGCUCAUGCUGAGUUCCACUGUGUGUCAGAGAGUGCCAACCUGGUGUCUAUCCACAGUCUGGAAGAACACAAUUUUGUCGCAUCCCUGAUCAGGAACUUUGACCCCUCUGAGGAAGCCACCUGGAUCGGACUCAGUGACAUCCAUAUAGAAGGAAGAUGGAUGUGGUCUGAUGGAUCCGCAGUCGACUUUACCUUUUGGCAUGAAGGACAGCCAGACAACUAUCAAGGAAAUGAACACUGUGGCACCUGCUAUGCCAAUGAGCUGAGAUGGAAUGAUGCUGAUUGUUCUCUGACAUCCCCUUUUGUAUGUGCGUCUCACACAGUUUUUCCUUAGGAUCUGAGAUGGUUAUGUCUGAUUCAACCAAUGACUUUCCACCUGUUGCUCUGUUGAAAUGCAUUGGUUCUCAACAAUAAAUAUAUAUUUGUGCAAGUU